GUGCUGCGCAACGCCAUCUCCGGAGCGCAGAGAGCGAAGGUGCCCAUGCAGCAGAUCGUCGCCGCGUCCCGCGCGCUGGAGAAGCUGGUGUCGGCCGGGCCAGACGGGCCGCCCGCCGCGCCGCCCGCCGCGCCAGCAGGCGGCGCGCCGCGCGCCGGCGGACCCGCGGCUGGAGGCGGCGGCCACGGCGAGGAGAUGCGCCAGUGGUCGCUCUGCGUGGUCGAGCAGGCGCUCCUCCGGUGCCGCAAGCGGAAGGCGCUGGCGGCGGAGGACUUCGACCUCGCGCAGGCGAUCAAGGAGCGAGAGGUCGCGGCGGCCUCCCGCCUCGCCCUCGCCCGGGACCGCUGCGCGGCGCGGCCGGGCGCAGGCGCGGAUGCGUGUGCGCUGCCUGCGGAGCUGUCUCGGGUGAGGGCGCAGAAGCGCAAGGCGGUGGAGGACGAAGACUUCGACCUCGCCGCCGAGCUCAGGCAGCGGGAGUUGGAGGUGUCCUCCAGGCUCGGCGCCAGCUGCGGCGCGGAGGGCGGCUCCGCGGAGGGGGCGGCCGUGCAGGCGGCGCUUGCCAUGCUCCGCGACCUGGGCCCGCAGGCGCUUCUGCUGGCGUGCCACGAGGGCGUGAGCGAGUGCGUGGCAGACGCCGGCGACGAGCUCUUCGAAGAGGCGGCUGCCGAGCUGGGCGCCGCCGCUGCCGGCGCCGCGGAGGCCGACGAGGAGGUGGCCGCUGGGCCGGUGGGCGCCACCGCGGGAGCCCCGCGGUCCCCAGAGGAGUGA